UCCUCAGCCUUCCUCUCCUCCUCCGCCUCCUCCUCUUCCUCCCCCUCAAAUCUUCUCCUCUUCCUUCCACCCCCAACUCGACACAAUGGUUUCCACGAAGGCAGAGGCAGAGGCGCUGAGCGUGGAGGAACUCACCACGGAGCUGACCUCGCGAGGCUUGCCAACGGAAGGUCUCAAGCAGCCCGCCAUGCUGGAGACUCUCCUGAAGCACCUCGAGACGGCGGCGACGAACGGGACGGCGGCGGAGGCGCCCGCGGCGGAGAAGGCCGCGGAGACGGCCGCCGAGGAGGUCAAGAAGGACGACGCGGCGGCGCCGGCGGAAGCUCCGGCGGCGGAGUCCACGGCAGAGAAGACCGAGGAAGCCCCUGCCGCCACCGAGGAGCCUGCUGCUGCGGCACCGGCAUCAGACGCCACUGUGACCCCCGCUGCCACGGAGGAGGCCGCCGCGACCACCCGGACGGUGGACGAGGUUUCGGGCGGGACCGAGGAGCCCGACGCCAAGAAGGCCAAGGCGGAUGCCCCGGAAGCGGCGGCCGAGCCUACCAAGGUUGUCGAAACCGCGACGGAGGCUCCUGCUUCGGAGCCGGCCGCGGCCACCGCCGAGUAGAGCUUGACGACCGGGUGGUUGUAUCGGCUAUGCUGGCUGUAGAUGGUCUUCGGGAAACGGAUGCGCUGUAAAUUAGUGUUGGUGCUUUUUCCGUUUCACGCCGGGUGAGGUUGGGGAAGGGGUGGGGGGCGUGUAGCGAGAGUUAUUUUAGAUCGGCCUCCGGCCCCCCGUAUUAUUUUUCGUUUACAGAGCCGCUGUUUGCAAACUCGCCGGCACACCUCUUUCUGAAUUUCGUUUUGUCUUGUGUUGGCCGUGACGGCCUUGACCAACCCCGCUUAUAGUGUGAUUAGAAACUGGGGGCCUCGGCGUAGCUGUCUCGUCUUGCCGACGGCCCCAUGGGGCGAGCGUUUGGGGCUGCAGAAUAUCCCCCCUGUUUCGUGCAAGAUUGGCAUGCAUAUGCAGGCGUGUGCUCCCGGGGUUUCGGACACUUGUUCAUACAAGUGCCGUGGCGGGAGCGGGGGAGAUAGUGAAGCGCCACGUCAAGGGUUGCUGUCGUCGCCUAGGUCGUGAAUGGGUUGUGGCGAAGAGGGAAGAACUACGUGUUGGCGAGCAUUCUGCCUGCUCCUCCUAUGCGAGGCGAGAGCGCCGUGUUUCUUUGACGACACGGAACGGAGCGCAAGCGCAUGUACGUAACAAAGCUUGUGUGCAGUCGGAAACACGGUCGAUCUGGUUGAUUUGUGGAUAUCUCUAGUACAGAUACAUGCAUGCGACGGAGGGUACACGACAAAGUCUCUUAACUAGAAUAUUGGGUUCCGAGAACCCGCUGUUUUUUAGAGUGGAUGAUGUUGAAUUUCUGUUGGAUCUCGAGCUUCUCAAUGGAAUAGUGAGCCUCUCUCUUGAGCCCUUCUCGUUGCAUUUCCAUCGUGUUUGUUGGCGUUUUCGCAAUGUUUCCAGGAACUGCGGCGAGGGUGUUGCAACGGAUAGAGUUGCAGUGUUUUGUCCAUUCGGUUGAGUUUAUUUGAAAUUUGAAUAGUAUUUUUCGUCGAAGUGUUUCUUUUUGCCGAACGCGUAGAGAGGCCCUCCUUGCAGCCGUCCGUAGCGGUGUCGGCCUCUUGUUUCGUUUAUGAAGCGUCCGUCCUGCGCUGUUGAACGCCAAUCAAUCAGCUUGCUGGUUGCUCUUGACAUGGCUGACGCGUUGCAAGCGUUUGUAGUACUGCUGUAGCAUCCAGUCAAGAGAUUGUAGCGUAGUAUGGCUGUACCGGACAACACCAAUAAUCGAACAGACACCAUAUUUUUGCAACAUUGUGAGUCCCCUCGCCAACGGUGGUGUAUCCCCGCUUUGGCGCGCUCGAAAGCGGGCGGCCCUCACUCGCGCGAGUCUGUGUAAAAUCACGUCUAUUUUCUUGG